CAUCACAGUGCUGAACAAGUGAAGAAAUCAUGAAUCAUCAGUGAAGGCCUAAAGUCGAAGCUAAAAUCUUGCAAAACAGGCUAUUUCUUUGUGUGCCUAGUUUCCUACCGAACACUAUUUGGAAUAGCUAGGAUUCGAAGACAUUCAAGUUGUUUGUAUUAACGCUGCAGAACCGGUGGCCUAAUUGGAGUGCUUUGACGUUAGCUAGCUAAACCUACCAAGCUCAGUGAAACUUGUAAACACUUUUGUGAAAGAUGGCUGACAACGGCGUACACCCCACUGAAGAGGACCCAGCCGCAGCUUUCCUGGCUCAACAGGAGAGUGAGAUAGCCGGGAUCGAGAACGACGGCGAGGGGUUUGGGUCUCUCGAAGCAGCGGAGGACGAGCAGCCGGAGCAGCCGGAGCAGCCGCCUCAGCCGGAGCCGGAGCCGGAGCCCGAGCCGGCGGCCAACUAUGACUGUUUCGAGGACGAGCCUGCCACAGUGAAUGGGGACAUGUUUGAGGAGUCCAAUGGCCCGACUGACAGCUAUGCAGCCAUUGCCCAGGUGGAUAUUCAGAGGCAAGAGCCAGAGAGUUUACGCAAGUGGAGGGAGGAGCAGAAGACACGCCUUGAAGCACUAGACUUGGCUUCCAAGACAGCAGAGGCAGAGUGGAAAGAGAAAGCUAAAAAGGAGCUGGAGGACUGGCAUGUACAUCAGAGUGAGCAGAUGGAGAAGAACAAGGCCAACAACAGAGCAUCCGAGGAGGCGUUCCUGGCAGAGACCGACGGUGAGAGCCCAGGAUCAGAAUGGGAGAGAGUGGCCCGGCUCUGUGACUUCAAUCCGAAAACCAACAAAACGGCAAAGGACGUCUCUCGAAUGCGUUCUGUUCUCAUCUCUCUCAAACAGACACCUCUAGUCCGUUAGAGGAGCUCGUGGAGAGAAUUUUGUUCUAGAAAAAUUUGCCUUUUCAGUUUUAACAUCACGUUACAUCAGAAGAGUUUGUAUGCCCUUUUCCAUAAAAUUCCUGGUAUGUUUAUAGGCUUUGAAAACUUCACUCCUUUUUUGAUGCCUACUAAUUAUAUUGAGAUAAUAUACUCAACCCCACUCUCUUGAGAAGAUGAAGGACUGCUCUAUUGUUACGACAUGCUUUCGCUGUCAGUUUUAUCACUGCUAUACUUAAGAAAAUAUUGUCAUUGUAAGUUAAAUAUUUGUAUUCCCCUUUAACUUAUAAACUGUUAUUAGGUCAGUUUUCUUGCAUGCCUUUGCAAAUAUUUUGGAUGCACGCAUUUAAAUUGUAUACAUUUGCAUUUUGGUCAAUGACAAACACUUAUUAAGCACUAUUGCGUGUUAGAUUGUAACCGCUUAUGCCUCUCAUCAACGUUGACUUAACCACAAAGUCUGAUCACAUGGUUGUACGAUAUCCCUGAUUACAAUAUUUAACGUAGCUAGCAUAUGGUUAUCUUUCAAUUUCACAAGCUUGUGGCCUUUUUGAUGUAGCUCUUGCUCCAGUUUGAAUAUUCAGCCAGAUGGAUUUCCUCUUGAUUAGGCAAGAUUUCAGAGAAACAAGAAAUUCACAACCAAAGAUUUCUCAUCUAAAUUUUCAAAGUUAAUUUGAUCAACAGUUUGUGCGAUUUCUCAUUUCUUUGAUUUUCUCAGCAGAAGUUUUACGCUCCAUUUCUGUGUUACACCAAGAUGUUUUAGAUUUUUUAACAGUAAUCAAUGUGUCAAUUUGAACUGUAAAGUCAGCACGUUGUUUCACAUGUUGCCUAUUUGGACAUAAUUAAUACUGAAACGAGUGAAUGUCAAAAGGGAACUGGAAAAUAAAAACAGUGGAGUAUGAUCACCUAAA